UGAGAGAAUCCAUUUCUCUUCUCUCUGUCUCUCUCCGCUUUUCAUUCAGCCAGUCUCCUUGGUAUCCGUCCACCCAUCUGUUGCCUGAGGACUUUUAUUAUUCUGCUCUGCAGUGAUUUGGUUUCUCGGGGAGUGACAGAAAAACUUGAAAAGAAGAAGAACAGAAGAAGAAGAAGAAGAGGGGGCUGUGAAGGAGGACAAGGCCAUGGCCUCCUGGUUCAGCUGGAAUGAGCCGACUCACAGGAGCCCCCAGCGGGACCCGGCAGACGUGGUCACCGACACCCUGAUGCUGGAGUUCAGCUGGCAGCUGAAGGAGGCGGAGAGGCUGCAGAGAGAGAGAGAGAACGAAUACAGGCGCCUCAAGACCGGAGUGGACUACAGCUGGCUGGCCAACACGCCUCGGUCCUCCUACAACAUCAGCACCGGGGAGAGGCUUGGUCUGGAGGAGCUCUGCUCCAAGUUGCCGCCUCCCUGCUGCGGCCUGGUCAUACUCAAGUAA